UUAAAGCACUGCUCAUCAUCCUUGAAAAAGUCAUCCUAAUGCCAACUAACCACCUCGCGCAUUUUCCACCUGUUUCCUCACACAUCCAUUUUUAAUUUCUAUCCCUUUCUACACACAUAAAGAUAAAGAUGAGGUUGAAGAUAAAAAUUGUGCAGCGAAUAGUUGCGGGACUAACAUAUUUGUUAGCCUUAUUAACCAAACUAGUAUUGAUGAACCAAAAGGUAAAGGUUCAGAAGAAAACCGAUGAUGAGUCAGACAGGUAUGGUCUGAGUUGGAGGCUGGCGGUUGAAACAAACAAUGCGUAUCCAUGGCGAACGGUCCCAGAGAAGUGCUACAACCACGUCCAGAACUACAUAUCUGGCGGUCAAUACCACAAUGACCUCGAAGUUAUCGUGGAACAUAUCUUGUCAUAUGCCUCUAAGAUUCCUCUUGCCGGUGAUGGCAUGGAUGCCUGGAUUUUGGAUGUUGACGACACUUGCAUCUCCAACAUAUCUUAUUACAAAGGAAGAAGAUUCGGGUGCGACCCAUUUGACUCAGCGAUAUUCAAGGCAUGGAUUAUGAAGGGAAUGUGUCCCGCAAAUCCUGCCGUGCAGCGAUUGUUUAAUGAGUUGAUAGAGAGAGGAUUCAAAGUGUUCUUGUUAACAGGUAGAGACGAAGCAACUCUCGGUGAAAUCACCAUUGGCAACUUGCGUAACGAGGGAUUCAUCGGCUACCAACGUCUUAUUUUGAGGAGCGCUCAAUACAAAGGGCAAAGUGCAGUGAGAUACAAGUCUGCAAUUCGGAAGGAGAUAGAAGGAGAAGGGUACAGGAUAUGGGGAAAUGUGGGAGAUCAGUGGAGUGAUCUUCAAGGAGAGUGUUUGGGCAAACGUACUUUCAAGCUCCCCAAUCCCAUGUAUUUCAUUUCCUGAUCAAAUCUAGUUAUAUUUAGAAUGUGUUUGUUUUAUAAUUGAAAUGUAUCGACACACAUUUCAAUGCAUCCUUUUGUGAGAAGUAAUCAUUCAUGUUUGAAACUUCCACAAGGGAAAAAUAAACACAUACUUAGUAGUAUUUUACCUUCAACUUUAUAUCUAGCUGCAUUCCCCUUCUAAGCUUAAUGGUACUUAUUUUCGACUUGUACUCAAGAAACAAAUGCUUUGGCUACAUACCGAAUUUCAGAAUUUAUCUUGUCUUAUUUGA